AUGGCUAAUAAUAAUGAGGAGAAUCAGACAGUUUCUGAUAGUGGAGUGCAGGGUAAUAAAGAAAAUGCUAAGAAUAAUGCUCCCUUGAAAAUUCUUUCAAGUGGUAGAAUUGUGGGCAAUGUAGGUGCACAAUGGAAAGAGGUGGGGGACAAACGUGUUCAAGGCAAAGGCAAACAGGUUGAAGAAGUAACCAAGACUGGGCAAGAAAUUGUUCCAGGUGAGAAACAAAAUAUAGGUGUGCCUCGGCAGGUGCAAACAAAUAAUAAAUUCGAUGUUUUGGAGAUUGAUAACAGUGAAGAUAAUACAAAUAAUCAGCUGGCUUUGGUAGAGGAACAAACUGAUCAAACUAAUAUGCCCAAGCCAAAGGAUCAUGGUAAGUUGAAUCUUGCAGCAGCAAAUUUUAUUUCCAAGUACCCUGGGACUGAUAAGGGAGGAAAAGAAGGAAAAAAGAAAUUACAUGUGACGCCAGCUGCUAGUUCUACUCCGGGAGUGACCAACAAACAAAGAAAUAGAGAAGAUACAGGAAUGCAAGAGGUACCUACUCAAGAUACUAGAGUGGAUGCAAAUUUAGCUAACAAUGUGGAUAAUGAUAACAUUGUGGACACAGAGUUUGAAAUAUUCCAAAGCAAUGAAAAAGUUAAGUGGACUAGAGGUAGAUUAUGGGAAGAUCAAACAGAAGAAGAUGAAGAGGAGGGAGAGAUCCCAGAUGGAAUACAAAGUGAGGAGGAAAUUGGAGGGGAUUCAGUGGAGGAUGAGGAUCAAACUGUAAAUGGUAAAGCUAAGGGUACAGGAACUUCUGUAGAUCAGAGCUUAAACAACAAGGAAAUUCAUGCCAAUGAUCAGCAAAACAGCAACAGGAAUCAGAAUAACAAGGAAGGUCAUAAGUCUGAAGCAUGUCUCAAGGAACAGGAAAAUAUCAAAGGGAAUCAGCACAGGCAUAAGGACAUUUCUGCUGAAUCAGUAGAAGUUCAAGAGGGGAACACUGAUAAUAUUGAUCCAGGAGGGACUGUACAAACUGCAGGUGUUAGUAAUGUAAAUGCCAAUACUAAGGAGGCUGAAAUAGCAAAUGACAAGAAAAAACGAAAAUUGCAGGAGUCAAAUGGAAUUACUGUUCUAUUGAAUUCUGCACAGCUGCAGACCAGUAACAUGCAGAGUGACCAAGAUGUUCUCCCCAUUUCACAAGCUAAUAUUGUGGUGCCACAAAGGACUAUGGAGGUAGAGGAGCAGCUAGGUCAUGCAAAGAAAACAGGAAGGGACAUGGAUGAGGAAUCAUCUAUCCAAAACAUCCUCAAUGUUGCCAAGCAAGGGGAUCUUUCACCUAGGCAUAUUGAACAGGUCAAAUCUGCAGCCAAAGGUAGAAGAAAACAAACAAAAGAGACUUCAAAUGCAACAGUAGGAGGAGUUCAAACCAGGAGAACACUUUCCAAAAAUCAAAAUCACUAA